AUGUCGAGCGCUACUGGUGGCAGCAUGCCGCCGCUGUCGCUCUCCAUCCUCGGCGUCGAGCCAAUCGACGAGUUCAUAUGCGAAAUCGCGGACUUUGUGCACCAUAUGAUCAUGACGCGGCCGAACAUGGGUCCAGACGCGAAGAUCGAGGUGGAGGCCAAGAUUGGCGUAAUGAGGGACAAGACGUCAGGGCAGAGACUUAGUCUGCCGCUGCUUGUCGAGACCAUCCUGACGCCGAACGAGAUCGACCUCCGCUUCGAGUCUAACAUGUCAGCAAUGCAGCACAAACACUUCAACGGCCUCCUCAACGAGCUCAUGCGUAUCUCGUCGCAGCCCUCGCACCCCGCCUCGCCGCUCGAGUACAAACACGUCAAGCUCGUCGACUCCUUCUAUUCCCCCGACACGGGCGCGGGUGCGGCCAAGGAGAAGACGCGCGUAACGCGCGACGAGAAGUCGGGCACGGUGAUCGAGUGCAUGCGCAAGAUGCGCCUCGGCGACCUCAACAUCUACAGCCCAAAGCGCGCCGCCGACUGGCGCGUGUCUGUCAACCUCGAGGUGCCAGUAUCGCAUCCGAUAGGGAGCCCUUCGUAUGCUCGGCGGAAGGACAGAAUAUGUUAUUCGCAUGAGGAGUUCAAUAUCGACUUGACGCAAGUUACUUCGUCGUCGUCACAAGGCCAGGAAGUCUUGCACGAACUGGAGGUCGAGUUUGCGCGGCCAGUAUUCCUAAUGUCAGCAGCAAUGAAACGUGGUGACCCCAGCGUGCCCGAGAAUGAGCGGAAUGCAUUCGACGAACUGAUCCGAGCGUUCGUAAACAAUGCAAGAAUCCUGGUCAAAAACGCGAAUGAGGGCUGGCGAUGA